AUGUCAACAUCACCACCAUCAUCAGCAUCAGUUGCAGCAGCUUAUGCACUUCAUCAUCAUCAUAUUCAUACACAUCAUCAUAUUCAUCCAUUUCAUCAUCAACAUCAUCUUGAAACAUCUAAUACAUUUUUUUAUCCACCAACAUCAUCAGAUUCAUCAUCAAAUAAUACAAAUGAUUUAAUAUUACAACAAACAGAUAUUAAACCAACAAAUACAUAUUUAUUUUCAAAUACAAAAAGUAUAUCACCAUCACCAACAAGUCCAACAAAUAAUAUAUCAUCAACAGCAUGGCCUGUUAUUAUGCAACAUCAUCCACAUAAACAACAUGCAUUAACAAUUGAAGAUUAUUGGACAUCAAAUCCAUCAAAUUAUUAUCAACCAUCAACAUAUCAUCAUCAUCCAAAUUAUAUGACAAAUCAUCAAUUUCUUCCAACAACACCUAAUGAUCAUGAACAUCAUUUUCAUUUAAAUCAACAAGCAACAUCAUCAUCAAAUCAAGGUAAUAUUAUUGAUGAUAAUGAUUUAAAUCUUUUACAAUCUCGAACAAAUAUUAAUGAUGAUGAUGAACAUCAAAUACAUAUUGAUAAUAAUGAUUUAAAUCGUUUUUCAAAACAAUUUAAACAACGUCGUAUUAAACUUGGUUAUACACAAGCUGAUGUUGGUCUUGCACUUGGAAAUCUUUAUGGUAAUGUAUUUAGUCAAACAACAAUAUGUCGUUUUGAAGCAUUACAAUUAAGUUUUAAAAAUAUGUGUAAAUUACGUCCAUUAUUAGCUAAAUGGUUAGAAGAUUCUGAAUCACAAACAGGUACAACAAAUUCAAUGGAAAAAAUUGCAGCUAGUGGACGUAAACGUAAAAAACGUACAUCAAUUGAAGUUAGUAUUAAACAAGCACUUGAAUUACAAUUUGUUCGAAAUCCCAAACCAACAGCACAAGAUAUAACACAAUUAGCUGAUCAAUUACAACUUGAAAAAGAAGUUGUUCGUGUAUGGUUUUGUAAUCGACGACAAAAAGAAAAACGUGUUACACCACCAUUAGUUAAUGGUACAGCAUCAGCAUCGAAUAAUAAUAAUAAUCAUCAUCAUCAUCAUAAUACAAAAAGUCCAAGUACAUCACCAACACCUACUGGUACUGGAGAAGAAUAUUAUGAAUAUCAUUAUCCAACACAUUUGUAA